CGUCCAGUUUUAGGCUGGACAGUUCGGUUUUGCAGCGCUCUGUCCUCUGCUCUACAGAAUGCACCCAUUUCUCACCCAUCUGGAGUGAACUGCAGAUAUAUAGGUUAUUAAGGCUGAAGACCCCAGUGUAGUCUGAAAGCUGAAACUGAAAGGUCAACCAGGUACCCAACCAGCUACUUUCUCGUGCAUAACAAGAGAUCCCCAGUGACCUCUUAGGAUGUUGUACCGUGCCAGUCAUGCAGUCUUGCUCCUCUGUGCACUUUCCUUGUGGGCAAAAUGUGUUCUGUGUGGCUCCAGUUUCCUCAGCCCAACCCAGAAACCACAGGGUCAUGGAGACCGAAAGCAACCUCGAGUGGGACGGGGGGCUGGUCCAGAGGUUCCUCUGCUACCAGAGGAUCAUCACAUCAUGCUGAGCACCCCUCUUCAGGUGGGUCUGUCUUUGAGUGAUGCAGAAUAUGAGAAGUAUGGCACAGCACUGCAGAGGAUCCUGAUGGACGUCCUGGGUGACAUUCUCCCUUCAGAGUGACCAAAAUGACAGAAUCUGAAAGGAUUAAGACUCUUGCAACUUACUAUUGCACAAAUGAAUAAAUGACAAUACAGCUAAUUGCA